GGAUCCAUCAAACGAUAACGAAAGAUUUAAUUCAAUUAUUCGAUUAGAACUUGUGAAAGAAUAUUUAGAAAAAGCACAAGAUAUAGUCAAAAAAGGAAGAAUACAAGACCGAGAUGAACACGUAAAGCAUAUUCAAAUAAGUAAAGAACUUAAUCCUAAAGAAAAAAAAUUUUGCCUUGAAUAUUUAAGAGAACUCAUUGCAGAAGAGAAUUUUUCUCAACGUGUUCAAUUCGUACAAGAUCCUAGAAGCAAAAAAUAUUAUACUAGAAUUUACACUUAUGAAAUGAAAAUUGUAAAAAAAAUAAAUAGGUGUACACGAUGCAAUUCUAAACAAUCUGACAACAAACACUGCUUUUGUGUUGUUUUGUAUUUGUUAAAUAAUUUGAAAUCAUCUGACAACGAAUUUAUUGACAAACUUAUUCAGAAUUAUUAUAUGAAUCAAUAUUCAAGAAGUUUAGCAUUAGAAAAUAUCAUUGAAUGGGUUCCAUACGAAUGCUUAAAGGAUAUUAAAUACGUUGCAAAAGGUGGAUUCGGGUCGCUUUAUUCUGCAACAUGGAUUAAUGGGUGGGUGGCUAGUUUGAAUGAAAAGAGUCGACAAGUUAUAAGAACUGGGCCAAAGCUUGUUGCAUUAAAAUUAAUAAAUGGUCUAAAUGAACAAAAUAACAAACUUAUUGAAGAGGUAAUAUCUCGCAUUAAAUCUUUCUCUCAAUUAUCGCAUGGAAUCAAGUGUCAUGGAUUGACAAAAUUUCCAGAUAAAGGAAAGGUGGUAUUGCUUUUUGAUUAUAUGGAGAAUGGAGAUCUUAAUGCUUUUUUAAAAUGUAAAGAUAAUAAUUUAACGUGGAAAGAUAGAUUUACUAUACUUAAAGAAAUAUUUUCACAACUUAGUCAAAUCCAUAAUAAAAAAAUAGUGCAUAAAGAUCUUCACCCUGGUAACAUUUUGUCUAAUUCACAAAGAUGGUUUAUUAGUGACUUGGAAUUUAGUGGUCCUUUAGCCUUAGGUGAUGCUGUAAAAAAACAGGUUGUUGGAGUGUUGCCAUUCAUUGCACCAGAAAUAUUAUGUAGAUCAGAGUAUACGCAAGCAUCUGAUAUUUAUAGUAUGGGAAUGAUAAUGUGGCAGCUUGUAGCUAGAUGCUAUCCAUUCUGUAAUCGUAAAUAUGAUAUUAAUCUUGCAAAAGAUAUUUGCAAUGGGCUUCGACCAGAAAUUACUUCAGAUUUGCCUCGAGAUUAUCAAAACAUUAUGAAGAGUUGUUGGGAUGCUAAUCCAUCAGAGAGACCAUCAGCAGAGACGCUUCUUCGGCAUUUUAGUACAGACCUUGAAAAAAUGUCAUGCAAUAAGCAAGUGAUUCCAGAAUUAGAAACCACGUUUAGCAGGUCCCAUUUCCAUGUGGCUAACGAAACUAUAAGCGUCACUCAUGAGUUUGUCAAUUUACCUGAACCUAAAAAUGAAACAAAUUUGGCAUAG